AUGGAUUCGGCUAUCGUUGCCCAUGAAUUGCUUCAAUAUCUUCGCUUUGGAUACCCUCCGAUUUUGCUAGGGAUUAUCUUUAUCGUCUUUUUGGUCCAUUCCUCUCAGGUAGCCAGAAAUGCUGAUCGCAACAUUAAAGUCCAGUAUGGCCCCAAUGGGAAACCACUGCCUAGGCGAACCCGAAUGAUGAUGGCGGUAGCCAGGGACUUGCCCGCGGAGCUUGCGCGGAAUAGAUCCAAGGGCUGGUUUGUUUGGCUGGAUCUGUUUGUGCUGGCAACCUAUAUUGCUGAGGCAGCAAUUCAUAUGACCCAUGCCAUAGUUUCAAAGUCAGAGCAGUGGUGGUGUGGUCAAGCGGUAGUGUUCUUUGUCGUCGGGGCUUUCUUCACUCAUACCGUUAUCUUCAUCUCUUUACUCGAGAACCGUGCACCGUCAAUCGCGCAAUUCGUCCCAUGGCUCUCGGCCAUUCCCUUCGAGAUAGCAAUUCUCUCAACUUCAAUCUCAAUCUAUUCCCACAUCCACCAUGAACCUACAAUCGAAGAUCCAUUCGGUGGAAGAUUGCGUACAAAGAUCACAUUUUGGGAGGCAUUGGGGAUUUCCGCAGGUUCCGUGCGGAUUUUUGUUCUCACACUGCUGGUCGCGUCCUACAUUUUCAAAUCUGCCCGCAAACAUUGCGCAUUCAAGGAGGCCGAGGAUGCCGAUGCCGGAGAGACGACUAGCCUGCUAGAUUCAAGAGGCAAUGCCAACUCGGAUGAUGGUGAUGCCUUGACCGAUGGUCAACAGACCCCGGAAGUAGAAGCAUGGGUGCGGCCUUUGACGACCCCUUCCACCAACUGGAUGGAAUAUCUGAGUGGCUAUUCCCUAUUCUUUCCAUAUCUGUGGCCUUACAAGUCUCUCCGGUUGCAAAUUGUCGUCGUCAUCUGCUUUGCUAUAUUGAUUGUGCAGCGAGCGGUAAAUAUCCUAGUCCCAUAUCAAGUGGGAGUGAUCGCAGACUCACUGUCCACCAGCGAUGGAAAUCUGAAAGUGCCUUGGAUGCCCAUUUGUCUGUAUAUCAUCUACCGUUGGCUUCAAGGCAGUCAAGGUUUCCUUGAGUCGGUUCGCUCGAAUCUAUGGAUCUCAGUGAGCCAGUAUGCAUACAUGGAGUUGUCAACCGCUUCAUUUGAGCAUGUUCAUAACCUAGGACUGGACUUUCACCUGGGUAAAAAGAUGGGCGAGGUUCUCUCUGCCCUCACCAAAGGCAACUCAAUUAACACUUUUCUUGAGCAAGUGACCUUCCAAGUGUUGCCGAUGUUCAUUGAUUUGACCAUCGCCAUUGGUUAUUUUCUAAUUGUAUUUGACGUGUACUACGCGUUGGCUGUCGCUGUCAUGACAUUCUUCUACCUCUAUUCAACUAUCAAGAUUGCCUCUUGGAGGGCCAAUAUGCGACGCCAAAUGGUGAACGCUUCUAGACAGGAAGACGCUGUUAAGAAUGAUUCUCUUGUGUCCUACGAAACUGUCAAGUACUUCAACGCAGAGGAAUACGAGUUCAAUCGCUAUCGAGGGGCGGUCUCAGACUACCUCCGCGCGGAAUGGCAUUCCCUCUUCGCACAGAAUCUGAUGAAUAUUUGCCAGAAUGUCAUUUUCAUGUUUGGCCUUCUCAUCACCUGUUUUAUUUGCGCCUAUCAAGUUGCUCGUGGUCAACGUCCAGUCGGCCAGUUCGUGACACUCCUUACCUACAUGGCCCAACUUCAAGCCCCAUUGAACAUCUUCGGGACCUUCUACCGAUACAUUCAAUCCGCGUUGAUCAAUGCAGAGCGUCUACUCGAGCUUUUCCGCGUCCAGCCAUCGGUGGUGGAUGCACCGUCUGCAACACCGCUAGCAGUCUGCCACGGUCGAAUCACAUUUAACGACAUCAAAUUCUCGUAUGACACCCGACGACCUGCUCUCAAUGGAUUGACCUUUGACUGUAAGCCGGGUACAACUACAGCUCUGGUAGGAGAAUCAGGUGGUGGAAAAUCGACAAUCUUCCGCUUGCUCUAUAGGUUCUACAAUCCGAGCAGCGGAAGUCUUCUUAUUGACGGAUACGACACGCAGACCUUGACAAUUGAUUCGGUACGCAGACACAUUGGCGUCGUCCCACAAGACACCGUUCUCUUCAACGAAACAAUCAUGUACAACCUCAAAUAUGCCAACCAAAACGCCACCGAUGAGGAAGUCUACGAGGCCUGCCGCGCAGCCAGUGUACACGACAAGAUCAUGGCGUUCCCCGACGGUUAUGAAACCAAAGUGGGAGACCGUGGAUUACGACUAAGUGGUGGUGAGAAACAGCGCGUUGCCAUUGCCCGAACCAUUAUCAAGAAACCUCAGAUCAUCCUGCUUGAUGAGGCAACGGCCGCAUUAGAUUCCGAGACGGAGCAGAACAUUCAAGAAGCACUAGCCAUCCUGUCACGUGGGCGCACAGUGCUAGUCAUUGCCCAUCGGCUGAGCACCAUCACCACUGCUGAUAACAUUGUUGUAUUGCACGAAGGUCGGGUUGCAGAGAGUGGGACCCAUGAGCAGCUUCUGGCUGCUAACGGUCGAUAUAAAACUAUGUGGCAGAAGCAGAUUCGUGCACAGACCGAAUCUGUGGGCUUGAAUGCCUUGUCAGGCAAGAUAUAG